CUGGAGAUGCUGCCCUCACGAAUACGGCAAGCACUCGACCGAACUCGCCAGGAGGAUGAACGUCUCCAGAGGUUAGAGAAGGAGCGAUCCAGGGAGCAGACAGAUGCCUUACGGUGCGAGUGGACGGAGGGCCACGGAGCGGCAAACACGGCCCGGCAACGGGGACAGAUGGCGCAGGAGUUACAGAUGGCGAACAGGCAGCUGGUGAUGGUGCGUCGAGCGGCUUUACAGCAUCUCCUACAGCAGGAGAAGUGUCGGCACCAAGAGGAGCUUCGCCGGCUGGGAAAGAGCCUCCAGACACAAAGGCUGUGAGCGCCCGAGACCCCCGCAUCAGCAAGUACCCCC